AUUGUCUGUAGCUUCGUGCUACCGUGGAGACGGACCCGUAUUGUGGUUUUCCGGCUCUAAAUCCCGGUAUUUCUUUCAAAAUCGUCCUUAAUGACCUGCUCUAACAUUUAUCCGUAAAUAUUCGACAUGUUUCAGUUCAAGUUUUUCACUCAAACACGAAAAAAGAGCGAAAAACCACCGCGUUUUUCUGCUGUGAAAGGUCGGACCGGGAGUGUUACUGUGGUGCGUUCAGGACGUGUUCAAACGUCCUCUUCUGAUUGGUCGACAGCCUGAUGACGCUGCUGAACCUGUCCUUCGCUGCCUGUGGGUUUCUGGGUAUUUACCAGCUGGGCGCCGUGGGGGCGGUCCUUCGCCACGGGGGCCGGCUGACGGCAUCCCUGAAGGCGUGUGCCGGGGCGUCAGCCGGAGCGUUGGUGGCAGCCGUGGUCGUUACGGCGCCCGACAAACUACAGGCGUGUACAGACUUCACCCUCUCAUUGGCCGACACCGUCAGACGCCAGCGCUUCGGCGCCGUCACACCAGGAUUCGACUUCAUGCUCGCACUGCGGGAGGGGCUGGAGGACAUCCUUCCAGGUGACGCCCACCGCCGGGCCACGGACCGCCUCCACGUGUCCAUCACCCACUCUAGAACCGGACGGAACCACAUAGUGUCGCAGUUCAGGUCCAGAGAUGAGCUGGUGUCGGUCCUCCUAGCCAGCAGCUUCGUUCCGGUCUAUGCUGGGUUCCAGGCGAUGGAGUUCCGAGGGGAGAGGUGGGUGGACGGGGGCUUCUCCGACAGCUUGCCCCUCCUCCCUGUGGGCCGGACCAUCACCGUGUCUCCAUUCUCUGGACCGCAGGACGUGUGUCCGGUCCACAGGGGACGCUCCGGACGCCGCCUCAGACUGGCCAACAUGGACAUAAUGUUGUCGUUGGAGAACCUCAUUCGUCUGAACCAGGCCUUGUUUCCUCCGUCCCACACACACAUGCAGACUCUGUGUCAACAAGGAUUCAACGACGCCGUCCGCUUCCUGAAGGCGGAGUCAUGGAUGAGCUGAGGACGAGGGCGGAGACGAAGGACCAGUCACUUAUUGAAGCUUUAAUUUGAACUGUCUGAAUUAAAUUCCACUG